AUGCUCUACCUCGUGGGCCUCGGACUCUCCGAUGAGACCGACAUCACCGUCAAGGGUCUCGAAGUCGUCAAGAAAGCCUCGCGCGUCUACCUCGAGGCUUACACCAGCAUCCUCCUCGUCGACCAAACCAUCCUCGGGGCGUAUGAAAAGGAAGCCUAA